AUGGCUAUGGGAGGGGAUGGACCUUGGGCCAUUGGUGUGAUGUGGGCGUUGACUGUGGUGGUAUUCAUCUUUGUUCUGUUGCGAGUAUACACCCGAGUUGUCGUCGUCCAAUCAUUUGGUGUUGAUGACCAUGUCUUCAAUCUGGCGUUUGUUUUUCUUCUAUUCUACACAAGUUUUACGACUACAUCAGCGCAUUAUGGCUUUGGGCAGAACAUCCCCGACAUCGUAGCCCGCAACCCCGAAGAUUUGCCCUUUGCAAUUUUGUUUGAGGCCAUCGGACAAACCUUCGCCGUUGUCGGCAUGGCAGUUGCCAAAUGGUCACUCGGACUAUUCUUACUUCGAAUCGUAAAGGAGACAUGGCAUAUGAUUGCCAUCUGGAUAUGUAUGGCUGCUCUAGCUGGCGCAUCAAUCUCGACUUGUUUUGUCUUCUGGCUACAAUGCACUCCUCCAAAGCAUCUAUGGGAUCGGCGAAUUCCAGGAAAGUGCACAAUUGACUCGACACCUGUUUCAAUGACCCUCUGCAUCCUUUGUGUUAUUGUCGACUUUUUCUUUGCUGGCUUCCCCUGGCUUUUCAUCUGGGCCCUGCAGAUGAACAAGCGAGAUAAAGUUGUCAUUCUUUGCAGUCUGAGUCUUGGUGUUAUCGCAGGUGCUUGUGGUAUCAAGCGAACUCUGGAGGUUCCCGAAUUGUCAAGCCCAAACUACACAAAGGCUACAGUUGGUCUUAUUGUCUGGUCAGCAGCCGAAAUUGCAGUGACAAUGAUUUGCAUCGGUAUCCCCGUCUGCCGACCUCUAUACAAACAAUAUCUCGACAAAUGGAUAUCCCGAGAUGGCAGCAAGUAUAAGGAACACAGCGCCGGCGCCUCAUACCCGCUGCAAACUAUUGGAGGGAGUUACAUCAAUGGAAACACGCCCGACAAGAACGACAGCAGCGAGGGCUGCAAGGUCGCUGAAUAUGAGAAGAAGAUUGGGAUUAAUGGCCCGUUUACAAAGACAAGGGUCUACUCCAAGCCCACGGAGAGAGUCCGGAGCGACGACCAGAGUGAUGAAUCGAUCUUGGGGCCAGAGUUUAGAAGAAACCAGCACGAUGACCUUGACGAGAGGGGAAUUCGGGUCACGUAUGAAGUUACGACUUCUCGGCAGGGCAUCUAG